CUCCGGGACUCCAACUCCCGGCAUGCCCGGCGCGCUCGGACAUGCGCAGUGCGGGCGUGGCCCGGCUUGUUGUGUUAGGAGCCGGAGGUUACUGCAGGCCCAGGGGUGUGCAAGCUCCCCCAUGAUGAUCUCUUGUGGGCCGCUGAGUUUCCUUUUUCCCUUCAGCUGAUAGUAAAGCAACUGAUGUGGUACAGAGGUGGAAAAUGGCCGACAGCUUGAAAAUCUUUCUCCAGGACCUCGUCCGGGGUAUUAAAGAUUCCAUUUGGGGAAUUUGUACGAUCUCUAAGCUCGAUGCGCGGAUCCAGCAGAGAAGAGAGGAGCAGAGGAAGAGACGGGCAAGUAGUGCCCUGGCCCAGCGGAGGGCUCAGACCGAGGAGAGGAAGCCGGAGAAUGAACCGCGUAUUGUCACCCGAAUAUUUCAGUGUUGUGCGUGGAAUGGUGGUGUAUUCUGGUUGAGUCUGUUUUUGUUCUACCGAAUGUUCAUCCCGCUGCUGCAGUCUGUCACUGCGCGCAUUAUUGGCGAUCCCUCCUUACAUGGCGAUGUCUGGUCGUGGUUGGAAUUCAUCCUGACGUCGGUGUUCAGUGCCCUCUGGGUUCUGCCACUCUUUGUGCUAAGUAAAGUGGUCAAUGCCAUUUGGUUUCAGGACAUAGCAGAUUUGGCAUUUGAGAUGUCCGGCAGAAAAGCACAGGCUUUCCCCAGCGUCAGUAAAAUUAUUGCCGACAUGUUAUUUAAUCUCCUGCUUCAGGCUCUCUUCCUCAUCCAGGGAAUGUUUGUCAGCCUGUUCCCGAUCGAUGUGAUUGGACAGAUUAUUAGUCUUCUGCACAUGUCUCUGCUCUACUCCUUAUACUGUUUUGAGUAUCGAUGGUUCAACAAAGGAAUCGAGAUGCACCAACGGUUAUCCAACAUCGAACGCAACUGGCCCUAUUACUUUGGAUUUGGUUUACCCUUGGCCUCCUUGACAGCCAUGCAGUCAUCUUAUAUCAUCAGCGGCUGCCUGUUCUCCAUCCUCUUCCCGCUCUUCAUUAUCAGUGCUAACGAAGCAAAAACGCCUGUUAAAGCUUAUCACUUCCAGCUCCGCCUCUUCUCGCUGGUGGUCUUCCUCAGUAACCGGCUUUUUCACAAGACCGUCUACCUGCAGUCGUCACUCGGCACCUCCCCCAGCCCGCACCCAUCUCCUGCCAAACACAAGGCCUCAUUAGGGCAUUGAUUCAAGUUGAGGGGGGGAAAUGGAGUCCGUCCCCUGCUGCCAUGUUUUUUAACUCUUGACUGACGGGUGUUGUGCCACGUUGGUUAAUCUUGUGUUUUUUGUUCUCUUUUUGUUUUUUGAUUUUUUUUUCUUCCUUGUUGCUGAGCCCUUUAGUCCUGGAGCCGUUGUAUUCUUCAAAAACUCAUGUGUGUGUGUCGUACUUGUGCAUCAAACGUCGGCAUUGCCCACUUUUUACACUCUGUAAUUUGAAAACCUUCCCCAACGUUGGCAUUUAUUUAUUUUUAUUUUUUUAAAUGCACAGCGCCAUCUAUGGAUGUCGGCGCAUAAUUCUGUUUUCCUGUUUGAUGAUAGCACAUGAAAAUAUUGAAAGACUGAUGGGAAUCGUCCAGCUACAGGAAAAGAUUUAUGGGGAUUCCCUAUUAAUAAGUGUCACAUCUGUGCAAAAUGUUGUGAGUGCCAGGUUUAGAAGUCUUUCAUAGCAGAUGUAAAAUACGGUUUAUUUCCAGUAGUUACUGAGCACUGGGGCUUCAGCACUCAGGGAAGGAGGGGUUAAUUACCUAAUUACAAUUUUUUUUUUUAAUACCUUCAUGUUAAUUAUUUGUGUGUAAUUGAGCUAUGGACAAAACAGAUCUUUGUCUGACCAUUUUUGUGAUUUUAAAAAGCAGCAAAUGAACAAUUUCUAUGUGACUGGUGUCUUCUGCCUGUGAUAUUUGGAGAUAUUCUAAUAGAUGGCGUCUUUUCAACA